GGAGAAGGGCGUAAACAGUGCCCAACUUGAGGCCAACCUACUCCGUCAGGAACCGGACAUUGCAGUCAACUUCCUUCUUCUUUUCACUCCGCCCGUGACCCUGUCAGAUUUCGGUGUCACCGUCGAACUUCAUUCUACGGUUCAUGUUGGUGCUGUUAGAAGCAGGAUUCGCGAUUUGCGGCUUACUCUGGGCGAGGGUUUCGUUCCGCUGGCUGAGACUGACCAUUACUCAGUCCCGUCGAAUGAGCAGAAGGCAAACAUUCACUACGGACCGAUAUACAACACAGGAUCAAUCUACCAGCAGGAUGGCGUAAUUCCCAGGGCAGCCGAUCAGCUCACCAUUCACCUCUCGGUCGCAGUGGAAACCGGGACUUUGGUUACCGUGAAUAUCAAUCUAGGUUCCCGGCAGUUGCAGAGGCAGUUCCGCUUGGAAACCUCAGGUGACGCAACACUCCAAGUCGUGCCCGUCUUUACUUCUAGCCUGCGUUGGCCAAAUCAACCACAUGGCAAGCUGGCGACGGGGUAA